UCGCUGAUGAUCAUUACUGCUAAGUCAUAUGCCUGUAAAAGGGACUAUCAACUGUUAACAUUUCACAAACAAAGUUUAUAAAACCAUUAUCAAAAGGUGCUAUUGUAAUCAUGGCGUUUUAUUUUCAAUUCCAGAUGCAUCUCAAUUUGUGGUUGAUAGUGCUGAUGAUUGGCUUAAUAAACACAAUGAAAUUGGCAGCCGCAUCCUUGCCUCGUGGCUGCCCCGAUAGCAGUACAUGCGGCCAUCUAAAUGUUCCGUAUCCCUGCAGCACAAUAGAAAAUUGUACUACCCUGCUUGGAGACAAGUUUUUAAUUAAUUGUUUGAAAUCCUCCGACUCUGAUCAUCCCAUACCACUACUGUGGAAUUCUAAUAUUGUUGUUGCUAACAUAUCCCUAGACGGUGAAUUGGAGGUCAUGCAGUAUGUAGCAAAAGAAUGCUAUGAUAUUACAGCGAAAACACUGAUAAUUUAUAAGCAAUCGGUGGCCGAUUUCAGUAUCUCUGAAACCAAAAACAAGUUCGUUGCCGUCGGCUGCGACACACAAGCAACUAUCAAUGGACAGCGGGGCAACAGCAAUUACACGACCGGCUGCAUCUCCUCAUGUCAAGAGAGUGAUUUGGACAGCUUAGGUGAGGCUUGCUCUGGCGUUGGAUGUUGUCAAAUCUCGAUUCCAAAGGGACUUAAUAAAAAUAUCGAAAUUCAGUUGACCAGUUUUUACAACCGCGAAUACGUAGCCAAGUUCAAUCCGUGCAGCAGUGCCUUCAUUGUGGAUAAAGACAAGUUCAAGUUCAACAGCACAAUCGUCAGAUCAAGACAAUUAGCUGAGAUUGAGAAACUUCCCAUGGUCAUCGAUUGGUCAAUUGAGAACGUGUCCUGCGAUGAAGCACCAAAGUUGGAGAAUUACUCGUGCAAGGCAAAUAGCAAGUGUGUUAACUCCACCACUGGAUCUGGCUACAUUUGCCAGUGGUCUGAGGGUUAUAAAGGGAAUCCAUACCUUCCACAUGGUUGUCAAGAUAUUGAUGAGUGCGAAAAACAUAACCCCUGCAUCAAUGGCACAUGCAGAAACACACCUGGGAGUUUCAAUUGCUCGUGUGGAGUGGGCUAUACGCCUAUCAAUAGAACUACAUGUAGUGUGGUAAAUACACCCAGCAAUAGCGGCCGAUCAACAGAACAUCUAAUCCUCGACGUUUCCUUGAGUGUAUGCAUGGGAGUCAUAGUCUUUACAGCUUCAAGUAUAAUGAUUUUUUGGAUAUUGAAAAAAAGAAAGUUAAUCAAGAUCAAAGAAAAAUUCUUCCAACAAAACGGAGGCAAAAUGUUGCAACAGAAACUGUCAAGCCAUGGAGGAUCACUAGAUACAACUAAAAUAUUUAGUAUAGAAGAACUUAAGAAGGCAACAAACAAUUUCCAUGAAAGCAGAAUCCUUGGAGAGGGAGGUUAUGGAACAGUCUAUAAAGGAGAAUUGGAUAACAAACUUGUUGCAAUCAAGAAGUCAAAAGUGGGUGUUCAACCACAAUCUGAAAAGUUUAUCAACGAGGUGGUUGUGCUUAUGCAAAUCAACCACAAAAAUGUGGUUAAACUCUUUGGAUGUUGUUUAGAGACAGAGGUGCCUUUGUUAGUAUAUGAAUUCAUUUCAAAUGGCACUCUUUUUGAUCGUAUCCAUUGCACAAGCCAAGAAGUUCCCCCACUUUCUUGGAACUUGAGAUUGAAGCUAGCUUUAGAAACUGCGGGAGCUCUUGCUUAUCUGCACUGCCAGACUAUCACACAAAUCAUACACAGAGAUGUGAAGACAGCGAAUAUACUAUUGGACGAUAAUUAUACAGCAAAAGUCUCAGAUUUUGGAGCUUCUCGAUUAAAUCCACUUGAUCAAAAUCAACUACAAACGAUUGUGCAAGGAACAUUUGGAUACUUGGAUCCAGAAUACAUGCAUUCAAGCAAAUUAACGGACAAAAGCGAUGUGUAUAGUUUUGGAGUUGUAUUAGCAGAAAUACUAACAAGGAAGAAAGCACUUGCUUUUGACAGACCUGAGAAAGACAGAAAUCUCGCAAAAUAUUUUGUCUCUGCUUUAAAAGAUGGCACAAUACUUGAUAUUUUGGACGUUGACAUUGUGAAAGAAGAAAAUGUUAAAGUUCUAAUGGAAGUGGCGAAUCUUGCUGGUAGAUGUUUGAGGUUAAAAGGUGAGAAAAGGCCAAGCAUGAAAGAAGUGGCAAUGGAAUUAGAGGGAUUGAGAACUAUCAAAAAGCAUCCACAGAACGAAGACUACUGGUUAUCUGAAGAGGAGUACUUGCUGGAACCUUUAGUUUCGAACUCUAUUGACAUCAUAAAUGGGGAAUCAAGCAGUAGUACUAUAGUCAGUCAUGUCGACAUGCAAAACAAAAUGUUAACUUCGUACGGAGAUGGAUGACAUAUAGGUGGGGUUAUUGUUGAUUACAAUUUUUUAGUCUUCCAAUAAUUGUCUUCAAAAUUUGUUUUGUGUGUUUUAGACUUUAAGAGUACUUAGUAUAUGUAUAAUGAUCAUUAAAGUUUGGAUAAUGUUUCCAUCUUUAGUAUUUUGUUGAUCUUUUAGCCGCUUAUUAAACUAUAUGAGAAAUUCUUGGCUUUCUUAACCAAUUACUUUAAUAAAUAAAAGA